ACUGCAUUUCCCAGCAUGCCUCGAGACAGGGAGCACGCGCAGUGGGAGAAACCACAUGUUGCAGCCUCUUUGCGUCCAAAGGUCCGCUGGAUGUUUGUAACUGGGAAGAACUGCGACCACAUCUGGAAUGGCAGCUGGGCUACGGUACCUGGGCAAGGUCGUCAUAGUAACGGGAGGACCCGGGGUAUUGGCGAAGGCAUCGUGAGAGAAUUUGUUCUCCAUGGAGCCAAAGUGGUCUUCUGUGCACCAGGAUCUGAAGAGGAAAGGGGGAAAGCCCUUCAGAGGGAACUGAAGGAUUCUGGGGGCCCUGGUGAAGGUCACUUUGAGGUCUGCGAUGUCCGCUGUGAAACAGACAUUAAGAUGUUGGUUUCAGUGACUGUCGAACUUUAUGGACGCCUCGACUGCCUGGUGAACAACGCUGGUGGGCAUCCUCCUGACCAAAUUAUAGAUGAUGUCACUGCGCAAGAGUUCCGCAGCCUCAUGGACCUCAAUGUUGUAAGCUGUUUCUUAACAGCUAAGUUUGCAUUGCCCCACCUCCGCAAAACCAAAGGGAACAUUAUCAACAUCGCCAGUCUUGUCAAUGUUAUUGGACAAAAGUAUGCUGUGCCGUAUGUGGCAACCAAGGGUGCUGUUACUGCAAUGACAAAAGCUAUGGCCAUUGAUGAGAGCAAAUACGGUGUCCGAGUCAACAGCAUCUCACCUGGCAAUAUCUGGACUCCUAUGUGGGAAAAGCUUGCAAGCCAUACAGCCAAUCCAGAGGCAACGAUCCAGGAAGGCAAAGAUGCUCAGCUUCUGGGACGGAUGGGGACCCCAGCAGAGUGUGCAGCAGCUGCUCUGUACCUCUCCUCUGAUGCCACCUUCUGCACUGGUAUCAACCUUGUGCUUAGUGGUGGAGCUGAACUUGGAUAUGCACAGAAGAGCCACAGAAAUUCUAGUUCUGACUUUGAAGGCUAGUUGGAAUCAGCCAGGAUGGGCUGACUUCAGUGGUUAGUUAACAAGGUGGGCUGGGCAGCACUGCUGGAACUCAGGUUGAUUUACUCAAAAGUCAUUUUCUCAAGAAGAUGGAAUGCCUGCAGGGUCCCUGCACUUGAUCUGCUGUAGCAAAAUCUGUAAGAGUCUUGUGGUCUUUAAAGGUUUUACAAAUUCAGAUAUGCCCCAAUGAUGGAGACUCUUCUUCCCCAUCCCAAGCCCUCCUUCUGGGCUUCCAUGCCUGUCUGUAACUGUUGUUUGGCAGGUUGAAAGGCAACAGGUCACAUUUUUCCAGUCCCUGCAUUACCAUGUAGGGCACAGGCCAAAUUUCCAGCAGAAAUCAGGCUUGAAGUUGCCACAUCAAGGCUGUUGAUCAGCGGUGCAUCAAAGCACCACACAGGGCUCUUUGCAAGCCCUGUGAUCAUCACCUGAUGUCACUGUGGUGUCAGAUAACUGUCCACCUGUCAAAUUUCCCCUGCAAAGGCCUGUCGGAGGGAUCUCUGUAGGGAGAAAGCUGCACUGGUUCCUAUCCCUGUGUGCCAUGGAGCUUAAAGGCACAGGAGCAUGGUCAGGGGGAAAAAGGAGCAGCCCUGUCUUUACUAUUGCUUUACUUGUUCCAGGCUUUCGUAUUGAAAACAGGUUCUCCAACUAAGCCCCAAUGAGCCCCAUCUCAGAUUAAGCUAGAAGAUGCCACAGGCUUGUUCAUACAGAUGUGUUCAAGGUGAGCUGCACCUUGAAGCCAAACAUUUUGGAGAAGUAGAAAAAAGCUUUGUUAUAAGGAAAUGUUUAACUUGCAUCUUUUGAUCAGUAACUCUGAAAGUUCUUAUCUUGGAUCCAUUUGUUGUAUAAACACGUUGGAAAAGAGUGCCUUAAAAAUGCAGUGCCUUAGCUUUAAUGCUCGCUAUCGGCCAACAACAAUUAUUAUUAUUAAAAAUAUAAUAUUCUGCCCCUUUCUCCAAGAAAUUCAGACUAGCUUAUGUGGCUUGUCCCCUGCACCUUUUUAUCUUUACAGCUACCCUGUGAGGCAAGUUAGCCCUCAUGUGACACUCUAACUCAACUGUGGUGAACUUUUGCCCUCCAGGUGUAGCUGAACUACAACUCCCAUAAUCCCUGGUCAUUGGCCAUACUUGCUGGAGCUGAUGGGAGUUGUAAUUCAGCAACACCUGGAGGGCCAAAGAUUCCUCACACCUGCUAUAACCAUUAUAUGACAUUGCUCCAUAAUGAAUUCACAUCAGAAAACUUUCCCUAAGUUUCCUGUUGGGCCUCCUGGUCAGAGACUCAGUUCUAUAUCAUCAUUCCCUUUCUUACACCUUCUCCAGGCUUCUUUCCCUUCCCAUUCUGUUGAUCCCAUUCUGUCCCUUUUCAAAUGGUGUGUGAGUAGAUUGGUACUAUUUUUGCAUAAAGCAAACUUUGCGCAUGCUAAAGAAUUAGGCAAGCCAAUGGGCUAAGGAAAAAAUGCCCCAACUCACUCCUGUUCCUUUAAGAGCAGCUUGAUUUGCAAAAAUCAGCAGCUGAAAAUGGCAUUGAGAUAAGAAUAAUCACCUGUUAAUGUUUGCAGACCAAGCUGCUCUUAAAGGUGCAGGAGGUGGUUUAAAAGUUGACAACUUUAUCCAGGAGCAACCUUUUCUCUUUUUUCUGUUCACAUAUUCCAAGGUUAAAUCUUGGCUGGCAUUGAGAACAGAUGCUGUGGCAUUGAAUUAGAUUGUGAUUGCUAUAUAAAUGGCUAUCCACCCUUUCUUCCCCACUCAAGAGGCAACCUGGGGUGGCCAGAUAUGGGGAGGGGGGAGGAAGUUAAGUAAUAGUUACUUAGAACUGGGAAUUUCUGCAGGUAUAAUUCCCUCAUUUACAAAACUGUUAAAGGUGCAGGAGCCCCUUUUCUUCUUUCUGCACGCCCCCCAUUAGCCAGAUCUCCAUGCAAGGUAACAUAUACAACACUAUCAUUCCACUGUUUCUGAGAUAUUUUCACUCCAACUGAGGUCAGCCAUGUCUACUGUGCUGGAGAAGGAUUUCAAUAUAAAGAGAAUACAGUGCUUAUAAGGAGACCUAGACAAAGUAGAAUCUCAGCACAAGAGACAUUCCUCUCCUAACAGCUGUUCCCUUCCCCAGAGGCAGCUGCAUCCCUGGACUGUUGGGGGAAAAGAGAGCUGCAUCAACAGUCAGCUGCCUCUGCAGUAAUGAACUAUCUGUGCAGCAAAAUCAGUUACUCCAGGGCUCACUUAAUUGCUUCUUUCAAGCUGUAGCUAGAAGCCAAUUACCUAAUAUCCUGAAGCAGCAGAGUAUUAGCUCUUCACUGGCCAGGUGCAUGCUAGAAUUUCUGGUUGCCCCUCCCCUCCCCUCCCCUCCCCUCCCCUCCCAAAUAUUCAGUGCUGCUGCAUGAGAAGUACAGAUGAUGUGAUUGGGAAGGGAACUUUACCUGUUGAAUUUCUGGCAGCUAAAAUAUGCAGUAGUCCUGUGGCACCCUUUUUUUUUUUGUAAAUUUCAGUCCCUCUGUCUCCUUUCAAAUUAUGGGUGGGUUGCAGCUACUCUCUCUGCCAAUGUUGUUGAUAAUUAUUAAUUAAUAUAUGAUGCAAUGUUCAGAUGGCUUCUAAGUAAUUUACAGAAUAUAAAAGCCAACUGCACAGCAUUAUUAAAAAUAGAGUAAUUAAAAACACACCGUAAAACACACCAUUAAAUAUUAAUAUGUAAACAAUCAUGGUUAAAACGUGCAACAAAACAAACCCAUUAAAACAGGAGAUUCGGGGCAAGAAAUCAAGGGAAUGCCUGUGUAAACAGGUGCAUCUUCAAAAGCCAGUGGAAUACCAAUAUAGAUGCUGAGAGAGUUGUUGGAUACACAGACAAUUUUGUUCUAGGUUUAUCCUUUGAGAGGAUCGCCACUCUCAUUUUCAAAACUCCUGAGUCCAGGAUGCAAUCUCUCAUGCUUUAACUAAGCACAGAAACAGCUUCUAAAGCAGUCAUUUUUAAAAAAAAGUAUUGAUUUUUUUCAUGUUUACAAAAAAGUAACUAAACUUAAUAAAAAAAGGCUUCAAUAUAACUUAAAACUUAUUACUCAUUCAUUAAGCAUUCUCAGUACAUUCAAACUGUUUCAGACUUCCUCUUACUCAUCUUAAGAACCCUGUAGAGUUAUUAAUUUUUACUGUUUUAAGAGGUGAAGCUGGGAUUUCUUGCUGUCAUUUGUUCAAGGGCAUGGCUAAAUAGGGAGAACAACAACAUUUAGUAUUUAAACAUGACUUUUUGUAAGUGGUCAUAGCCUUUGCAUACAUGAACCUAGUAAUCUUUAUAAGUACAACCAGCUCUUGAGAUAGAGCAGAAUUAUGAUUAUCC